UUGAUACAAUCUCCAACUCCAACCAUCAACUCCAACCAUACUUGAUACAAUCUCCAACCCAGGUUAUGAUGGAUAUCGACUUCGCCGAGUAUCGAUUGAGAUGCCAGCUUCGAGGGCACGAAGACGAUGUUCGUGGUGUAUGCAUAUGUGAUAGUGUUGGUAUUGCAACUUCAUCAAGAGAUCGAACUGUUAGGCUAUGGUCACCUGAUGGAUCAAACAACCGUGACUACACUAUGUCAAAGAUAUUAUUGGGCCAUACUAGCUUUGUGGGGCCGUUAGCUUGGGUCUCUCCCAGCGAGGAGUUUCCAGAGGGUGCAGUUGUUUCUGGAGGUAUGGACACUCACAUUUUUGUUUGGAAUUUGGCAACUGGGGAGAAAAUUCAGGAGCUAAAGGGUCAUAAGUUGCAAGUUACUGGCAUUGCAUUGGAUGGCUCAGAUGUUGUGUCAACUUCUGUUGAUUGUACAUUAAGACGAUGGAGGAAAGGUAAACAGAUUGAAGUUCUGGAAGCUCAUAAAGCACCUAUUCAAGCAAUUAUUAAGUUGCCUUCAGGAGAGCUUGUAACUGGUUCAAGUGACAUGACCUUAAAGCUUUGGAAGGGAGCCACAUGUGCACACACUUUUGUUGGCCAUACAGAUACAGUUCGAGGCUUGGCUGUGAUGCCUGAUUUAGGAGUCCUCUCUGCAUCACAUGAUGGCUCAAUUAGGCUGUGGGCACUUAGUGGUGAAGUAUUGAUGGAGAUGGUUGGUCAUACUUCUAUUGUAUACUCUGUUGAUGCUCAUGUCUCUGGGCUUAUUGUCAGUGGAAGUGAGGAUUGUUUCACUAAGAUAUGGAAAGAUGGAGUUUGUGUCCAGAGCAUACAACAUCCUGGAUGUGUUUGGGAUGUCAAAUUCUUGGAAAAUGGUGAUAUUGUGACUGCAUGUUCUGAUGGAAUAGUGCGUAUAUGGACAACACAGCAGGAUAGGAUUGCUGACCCUCUAGAACUUGAGUCAUAUGAGAAUCUACUUUAUCAGUACAAGUGCAGUAGGAAGAAAGUUGGAGGAUUGAAAUUGGAAGAUCUACCAGGGCUGGAAGCUCUGCAGACCCCAGGCACUAGUGAUGGGCAGACAAAAAUUGUUCGGGAAGGAGACAACGGCGUAGCAUAUGCAUGGAAUCUGAGGGAACAGAAAUGGGAUAAAGUUGGUGAAGUUGUUGAUGGGCCUGAUGAUGGCCUGACCCAGCCUGUGCUUGAUGGAGUUCAAUAUGAUUAUGUGUUUGAUGUUGAUAUUGGUGAUGGUGAGCCUGUUCGUAAAUUGCCAUAUAAUCGCAAAGAUAAUCCAUAUGCUACUGCUGAUAAUUGGCUACUGAAGGAGAAUCUCCCUCUUUCCUAUCGUGAGCAGAUUGUUGAAUUCAUACUACAAAAUACUGGACAGAAAAAUUUUACUCCAGAUCCAUCAUUCCGUGACCCCUUCACUGGUGCCAAUGCUUAUGUUCCUGGAGAACCUUCAAAAGCUCCUGCUACUGCAGCAAAACCUACUCUCAAGCAUGUCCCUAAGAAAGGGAUGCUUGUAUUUGAUGCAGCACAAUUUGAUGGGAUUCUCAAGAAGAUUUUGGAAUUCAACAGUAGUUUACAGUCUGACUCAGAGAGAAAUAAUUUGUCAAUAAAUGAUGCUGAUCUAUCAAGAUUGACUGCUAUUGUUAAAAUUCUGAAAGAUACAUCGCACUAUCACACCAGUAGAUUUUCAGAUGUCGAUCUUGCAUUGGUUCUGAGGUUGCUUAAGACAUGGCCACUAUCAAUGCUAUUUCCUGUUAUUGAUAUCUUGAGGAUGAUAAUUUUACACCCCGAUGGGGCAAAUAUCCUACUCAAACAUGUCAACCACGACAAUGAUACACUCAUUGAGUUGAUCAAGAAGGUGACUGCUAAUCCUCCCCUUCCUGCAAAUCUUCUAACAAGCAUCCGUGCUGUGACUAAUCUCUUCAAGAAUUCGUUGUUUAAUGAUUGGUUAAUAAAACACCGUGGAGAGAUUCUAGAUGCUUUCUCGAGCUGUUAUCUGUCCUCAAAUAAAAAUGUUCAACUUUCUUAUUCGACAAUGGUACUCAACUAUGCUGUUCUUUUGAUUGAAAAGAAGGAUGAGGAAGGUCAAUCUCAAGUUCUUUCAGCAGCUCUUGAGAUUGCAGAAGAGGAAAGUGUUGAAGCUGAUUCAAAAUUCCGAGUUCUGGUUGCCAUAGGAUCACUGAUGCUUGAUGGGGUUGUUAGAAGAAUUGCAAUAGAUUUUGACGUAGAAAAUAUUGCAAAAGCAGCCAAGGCGGCUAAGGAUCCAAAGCUGGCUGAAGUUGGAGCAGACAUUGAAUUGAUAAUAAAGCAGACUUGAAUUGAAAACUUUACUGUUUCACUGCCACCUGUCACUGGAAACUGCAAAAUCAAUUCAAUUCUUUGACCAAUGUGGGGAUAACGCCAAGUGAUUAAAUGCGAUCUCAGUGACCGGUGGCCAGAUACAAGAUUUGGGUAAUGAAGGCGACAACUACCCAAAGAAGCUUUGGCAUGAAAAGGAAACGUUACUAUUUUGAGAUUCAUUGAGACAACGUAUCAUUGAUAUGUCAAAACGUCUCCUGAAGUGCUUUGUGGGUUGCUUUUCUAUUUCCUGAAAUUCUAUUUUUUUUUCCUACUUCGAGAUAACUGAUUCUUUUCCUUCAAAUUAUUAUAUUAUAUAAACUAAAAAGGAGCUAUUUUACUUGGAAUCUCGAUUUAGGUCGAUACUAUCUAAAUUGUUUCCGUCUUAAUUAGAGAAAUAUUACUUGUAUUUAA